AUGCCCUGGGGGUGGGGCUACAAAAGGAAAGGACUGCCCCUGGGGGGAGGUGGAGCCCAGCCUUGCUGGGGGACAGAGAGGGAGGCGUGUCAAGGGAGGAGCUCAGAUCAGGUCGGGGGUCGGCACUGGAAGAGGGUUUUCUCUGUUCAUUCUGACUUGGCACCUCGUUCUGCACAGAACUUUUUGGAAGUCGGAGGGAGGAGGACACUCAGAGUGAGGUGUUGCCUUCAGCGAGGACUCUGGAAUCCCCUGGACUCAAGAGGAAGGGGGAGGCAUUCCCAGAAGCAUCAGCCAGGCAUCUCAGAGCCCUGGCUUGGACCCUGACUAAGGAGUGCUCCCAACUGCUAAAUAGGCCAGGGGCCCCAUUUCUUUAAGCUGAAUCCCUCCCUCUGGGGUGCGCCCUGCCCCUCCCUAAGUCACCCCAGGGAGAGGGGGGAAAAAAGGGAAGAGAAAAGAGGCAUUGACUACAGAGGAAGGAAAAGGAAACAGCAGAGGUGGGAGGAGAGAGGCCACUCAGGAGUGGGUGACAGAGGAGAAGGAGAGGGCAGAUCUAGGGCAGAUCUAGGGCAGGGGGAGAUAGGGAGAGGGCAGGCAGAGCAUCCCAGAGGGUGCCCCAAGAGUAGGGCAGCAGGGGCGGGGAGCCGAGGGGGCGGGCCGGCCAUGUCCCACGGGACCUACUACGAGUGUGAGCCCCGGGCUGGCCAGCAGCCUCUUGAGUUCUCAGGGGCCCGAGCGGGGCCCGGGGAGCUGGGGGACAUGUGUGAGCAUGAGGCUUCCAUCGACCUCUCCGCCUACAUCGAGUCUGGGGAGGAGCAGCUCCUCUCCGACCUCUUCGCGGUGAAGCCCGCACCUGAGGCCCGAGGCCUUAAAGGACCCGGAACCCCUGCCUUUCCCCACUACCUGCCGCCGGACCCACGGCCCUUCGCCUACCCCCCACAUACCUUCGGCCCUGACAGGAAGGCCUUGGGGUCUGGCAUCUACAGCAGCCCAGGGAGCUAUGACCCCAGGGCUGUGGCUGUGAAGGAGGAGCCUCGGGGGCCAGAGGGCAGCCGAGGGGCCAGCCGCGGCAGCUAUAAUCCUCUACAGUAUCAAGUAGCACACUGUGGGCAGACGGCCAUGCACCUGCCCCCGGCCCUGGCAGCACCCAGCCAGCCCCUGCGCGUCCUCAAGGCCCCUGUGGCCGCCGCCGCACCCCCCUGCAGCCCCCUCCUCAAGGCGCCAUCCCCAGCUGGCCCCUCGCACAAAGGCAAGAAGGCGGUGAAUAAGGACAGCCUGGAGUACCGGCUGCGGAGGGAGCGGAACAACAUCGCAGUGCGCAAAAGCCGCGACAAGGCCAAGAGGCGCAUCCUGGAGACGCAGCAGAAGGUGCUGGAGUACAUGGCGGAGAAUGAGCGCCUCCGCAGUCGCGUGGAGCAGCUGACCCAGGAGCUGGACACCCUUCGAAACCUCUUCCGCCAGAUCCCUGAGGCCGCUAGCCUCAUCAAGGGCGUGGGGGGCUGCAGCUGA